AUGGAAGAUAACUUCCUGACACAGCUGGUAAACAAGCCUACCAAGAGAUAUGCCCUGUUAGACCUGCUGCUCACAAACAGAGAAGGACUGGUGGGAGGUGUGGACACCAGGAGCUGUCUUGGAAAGAGUGACCACAAAAUGGUAGAGUUCUCAAUUCUUGGUGAUGUCGGAAGGCAGAGUAGCAAAACUGCUACCUUGGACUUCCAGAAGAUAGACUUGGAACUGUUCAGGACACUGGCAGGGAGUCCUUUGUCAUUUAGUCUUGAAAAGCAAAGAGAUCCAGGAAGGCUGGUUGCUCCUCAAGAAGGAAGUCCUCAAGGCACAGAAGCAGGCUAUUCCUUUGUGCCACAAGAUGAGUUGGCAGAGAAGACCGACGUGGAUGAAAAGGAAACAUUUCCUGAGCGACUUCUCCUCGCUUCAGGGGUCGAGUGGGGACUGAUUUUUCCCGAUGCCAACGGGGAAUACCAGUCACCCAUCAACUUGAACUCGAGAGAAGCGAAAUACGACCCCUCGCUCCUGGAAGUGCGCCUGUCUCCCAACUACGUCGUGUGUCGUGACUGCGAAGUGAUUAACGACGGGCAUUCCAUUCAGAUCGCACUCAAGUCCAAAUCAGUGUUAAUAGGUGGGCCGUUACCUCGAGGACAUGAGUUUGAACUACACGAUGUUCGAUUUCACUGGGGGAGAGAAAACCAGCGUGGUUCUGAGCACACGGUUAAUUUUAAAGCCUUUCCCAUGGAGCUUCAUCUAAUGCACUGGAACUCCACACUGUACAGCAGCAUUGACGAAGCGGUAGGGAAGAAGCACGGCAUAGCUAUCAUUGCUUUAUUUGUACAGAUAGGAAAAGAGCAUGUAGGCCUAAAGGCUGUAACUGAAAUUCUGCAGGACAUCCAGUACAAGGGAAAGUCCAAAACUAUACCCUGUUUUAAUCCCAACUCUUUAUUACCAGAUCCUCUACUGCGUGACUACUGGGUGUAUGAGGGCUCUCUAACAGUUCCACCCUGCAGCGAAGGUGUCACCUGGAUUUUAUUUCGCUAUCCUUUGACUGUGUCCCAAGUGCAGAUAGAGGAAUUUCGUAGACUGAGGACACACGUUAAGGGUGCAGAACUUCUAGAGGGCUGUGAUGGAAUCCUAGGAGAUAACUUCAGACCAACUCAGCCACUUAGCGACAGAGUCAUCAGGGCUGCAUUUCAGUAGCAGAAGAGGAAAAACAACAAAAAUAAAUCUUUAUUAAUAGAGGGGGAAGACAAUGCUCCCACAGUGCCCUUGGAUGAGAAGUGGAAACUUUUGAGGCUGCUGCUUCAGUUGAAUCACAAAGCCCGUAUUGUUUGUCUUCAUCUAAUUUAACUUUGAUAGACAGCUGUGACAGUUGUUCUGUCCACACAGUUCAGUGAAAUUCUGGAAAUGGGGCUGUACAUUAAAAGAAGAAAGCAUUAAAUCUUCCAAUUUACACUGUUAGCUAUUUUUAAAUGGUAACUAUCAUUGCUUAUGUAAUUUCUUUUUUUGCAGUAGCAUUCAAUAGUGGUCUGUGAUCCAAAUAAUACUAAUUUUAAGCUUGAUAUAAAUGUUAAUAUAUAUAGAAAUACUCAUUGUUUUGAAUGUUACAUUUAAUUUUAUUCUGUAGCAUCUCUUUUGCUGUCAGUAACCAUCUUUUCUGUAGAGGGGAGGUGUGUUCUGUAAAGCUAAUAAAACCAUUGGUUGUUCACAAAGUAUUAUACUAAUUCAGAAUUCAUUUUUGAGCAGAAAUGAACACUUCUCUGCCAAGCACUUAACAUGGCCUAUCAGAAUAAAGCUGAAUGACAUUUGCAUUAUUAGGAACCUUAUUUGAAUAAAAAACAACUUUGGAAUAAGGAAAAUUAAUUGGUAUAACAGCAAACAGAGUCAUGGAAUUUUACAAAGAAAUUAUCAUUUCAGGCAGAAAAUUAUCAGCCUUUGUUCUCCUGUGAAUUAUGAUAGUUCCAUUUGUUUCUGCACAUGGCUGAGGAUGGUGGUCUGCGGCCCUUCUCUGCACGUCCUGAGCUGCUACGCAGCAUGGGGACUGCCAUUCUAGGCCACACAUGACACAGCUCUGACAGGGCAAAAGAGAGAGAAGUAGACCAAGCCUGCAAGACAAGCUCUUAACUUACAGUUCCUUCUAAACACAUAGCACUGAAAAACAAUGUCACAUGGUGGGAAUAGGUUUGGUCUCCAGGGCUUUCAGUGCAGUCCAUUUUUCUAGCACGUUUAUGGUGAGACCUGUGUGAGUGCAAGAAUGCAGAGGCACAGAUGGCAAGCUCCAGGCAGGGCACAAUGGAGAUGCAAACAGAGGUUCACAAAGCAGAGGUUACUCCCUGGGAGCAGAUGGGUGAAUCAUCAAUCACAAAGUCAUCAUCGUGCAGUGGUAAAUGUAGUGUCACAAGGCAUGCUUACUCCAUCUCUGGAAGGGCUGCUCCUGAAUAAUGAGUUGCAAAUUCUCAUAGUCAUAAAUGUGUGUAUUAGGGGCAGGAGAAACAAUAGGAGAAACCCAUACACUUGUGAGAGGGAGUGGAUGCUGCUCACCAGUUCAUGUGGUCGUAACUAUGUGUAUUGCAGGAAUGUGUGGAGAGACACACAGCUGACCUUGGUAUUGCAAUAAAAGCAUGUGAGUCCAUCAUUAAGUCAUCUCUUCAUGAGGAUUAUUGGAGUUGUCGUUAAUAAAUUACUCCUUGAGCCUAUGAAAACUCAUAUUUUUUAGAGUUAUGUCUGAGGAUUUUCCUAUCUUCUGCCCAAAUUUAAAAAAAGUUUACAUGCCUUACUAGUCAAAGGCUGAAGAUAGCAGUGCUGACCGAAAAUAUGCUUUCUAUCUGCAGUAGCCCAGCAUUUACAUCAAAGUAACAGACUCAGUGGAUGCUGCCCCUCUUCCAUCUGCAGGGGCUCGGUGGUCCUUAUGUCCCCCAUCCAACUUGGAAUAUUCAAUGGUUCUACAGCUCCUCAGACAAUUGCAACAAUAACUCAACCCCAGAGCCUGGCCUCCUUCAUAUUUUGCCAUUAGGGCAGGCAGGAGUCUCUGCAUAAAGAUUGCUGUACGUAGUAUCUGGUCUGCAAAGGCUUGGCCAGGUUGUUUGUAGAUAUUGGCAGUUACCUGAUAAUUUGUAGUUGUCAGGUGCAGCUCUGAAAUCUCUAAAAAGAAAGAAAAAAAAGAAGAAAAAUAUCUGCCUAUCAAGGGCAUCUUUUCUAUCUCCUUGCACCAAGUAAGGAAAAGCCUCCAAAACUGGAGUUAACUAGACUAUGAACCUGCUGGUUCUUGGCAUGUACAUCUAACUCAUUCAGAAGAUCUUUUCCCUUUGCACGUGAUAUAUUAUUAACUAUUGGGUAUUAACUGAAAGGAACUGUAAUAUUAAUAUGGCAAAUAUUGACGUUAUGAUGAAAUCUGAAAUAGUUUAUUCUCUGAAUAAAUGUGUUCCUUAUCUUGGA